AAAUUUGAGGAUGGAAGAGGCUUCUGCGUUGUUCCUUGUGCGCAACGAUGACCGUGGCUUUGCUUUCUUUAAAAUUGAGGCCUCCAACUCUGACGCUGACUGGAGAACUGAAAUCCGAACACACAUUAGGCUCUUCUGGCACUUGGCUAGAGCUAAAACCUCCAGAUUCAGCGGGCAAGCGUUGCUCAGCAACGGCGCGUAGGGUGUAUGUGGUUGGCUGGAACCAGACCCCGCCCCGGCCUCUGCCCGUGCUCUGGGGGCGUUGCCCAAUCCUGAAGGACUUCUGCCCUCGAGACCUGUGGAUUCUGCGUUGCAGUGGCCUGCGGGGACGAUCAUGAAGCUACGUGCUACUGGCGAGCCCGAUUUGGCCGAAAUGCUGCCCCAGCACAAGUUCGACAGCAAGUCCCUGGAGGCCUACCUAAACCAGCACUUGCCUGGCUUUGGGGCCGAACGUGAGGCUACGCUGACCAUUGCCCAGUACAGAUCAGGACAGUCCAAUCCAACCUUUUAUCUCCAGAAGGGCUUUCAAACAUAUGUGCUCAGGAAAAAACCACCAGGUUCACUUCUUCCUAAAGCACAUAAGAUUGAUAGAGAAUUUAAAGUCCAGAAAGCCUUGUUUUCAGUUGGAUUCCCUGUUCCCAAGCCUAUACUGUACUGCAGUGAUACUUCUGUCAUCGGAACAGAAUUUUACAUAAUGGAACAUGUGCAGGGUCGAAUCUUUCGUGAUUUAACAGUUCCUGGAGUUAGCCCAGCAGAACGUUCAGCCAUAUAUGUGGCCAUGGUAGAAACAUUGGCUCAGUUACAUUCCUUGAAUAUACAGUCAUUGCAGCUGGAAAGAUAUGGUGUAGGUGCUGGGUACUGCAAAAGACAGGUAUCAACCUGGACAAAGCAAUAUCAAGCUGCAGCUCAUCAGGACAUCCCUGCCAUGCAACAGUUAUCGGACUGGCUAAUGAAGAACUUGCCGGAUAAUGACAAUGAAGAGAAUUUGAUUCAUGGAGAUUUCAGACUAGAUAAUAUAGUUUUCCACCCUAAAGAGUGUCGAGUUAUAGCGGUGCUUGAUUGGGAGCUUUCAACCAUUGGUCAUCCUUUGUCAGACUUAGCUCAUCUUUCCCUCUUCUACUUUUGGCCAAGGACAGUUCCAAUGAUAAAUCAAGGUUCUCGUAUUCAAGAAAACUCAGGGAUACCAUCAAUGGAAGAACUGAUUUCAAUAUAUUGCCGCUGCAGGGGAAUUAAUUCUAUUCUUCCUAACUGGAAUUUCUUUCUUGCCCUUUCAUUUUUUAAGAUGGCUGGAAUAGCACAGGGGAUAUAUAGCAGAUAUCUUCUGGGAAAUAAUUCAUCUGAGGAUAGCUUUUUAUUUGCCAAUGUUGUGCAACCUCUGGCAGAAACUGGACUACAACUCUCCAAACGAACUUUCAGUACUGUACUGCCACAGAUUGAUACUACUGGACAGUUGUUUGUACAGACUCGGAAGGGUCAGGAAGUUCUUACUAAGGUGAAGCAUUUCAUGAAACAACACAUUCUUCCAGCUGAAAAGGAGGUGAUUGAGUUCUAUGUUCAAAAUGAAAAUUCAGUGGACAAGUGGGGAAGACCUUUAGUGAUUGAUAAACUCAAGGAAAUGGCCAAAGCCGAGGGUCUCUGGAACUUGUUUUUGCCGGCUGUCAGUGGUCUCAGCAACGUGGACUAUGCCUUGAUUGCUGAAGAAACAGGAAAAUGCUUUUUUGCUCCAGAUGUCUUUAACUGCCAAGCACCAGACACAGGGAACAUGGAGGUUCUGCACCUGUAUGGAAGUGAGGAACAGAAGAAACAGUGGCUUGAGCCUCUUCUUCAAGGGAACAUUACCUCUUGCUUCUGUAUGACAGAACCUGAUGUAGCUUCAAGUGAUGCCACAAAUAUUGAAUGCAGCAUCCAACGAGAUGAAGAUAGCUAUGUAAUUAAUGGCAAGAAGUGGUGGAGCAGUGGAGCUGGGAAUCCCAAGUGCAAAAUCGCAAUUGUUUUGGGAAGAACUCAAAAUACUUCUGUCUCCAGACACAAACAGCACAGCAUGAUUCUUGUUCCCAUGAACACACCUGGAGUAGAAAUAAUAAGGUCUUUGUCAGUUUUUGGCUACAUAGAUAAUUUUCAUGGAGGACAUUUUGAGAUCCAUUUUAAUCAAGUGCGAGUUCCUGCCACAAAUCUAAUACUAGGUGAAGGUAGGGGAUUUGAAAUUUCCCAAGGCCGCCUUGGACCUGGCAGAAUCCACCACUGUAUGAGAACAGUAGGUUUGGCGGAACGUGCUUUGCAGAUCAUGUGUGAGCGAGCAACACAAAGGGUAGCCUUCAAGAAGAAGUUGUAUGCACAUGAGGUUGUGGCUCACCGGAUUGCUGAAAGCCGCAUUGCCAUUGAGAAGAUCCGCUUGUUGACUCUGAAAGCCGCUCACAGCAUGGACACUCUGGGCAGUGCUGGCGCUAAGAAGGAGAUUGCAAUGAUCAAAGUGGCUGCCCCACGGGCUGUCUGCGAAAUCGUUGACUGGGCCAUCCAGGUGUGCGGAGGUGCUGGUGUUUCCCAGGAUUACCCUCUGGCCAACAUGUAUGCUGUAACCCGAAGUUUGCGUUUAGCAGAUGGACCUGAUGAAGUUCACCUUUCAGCAAUCGCAACAAUGGAGCUGCAGGACCAAGCCAAAAAGCUGACAGCCAAGAUGUAAGGAGAGUGGCACUGCCACAUCCCACCGGCAGAAACUCUCCUUCAUACAAACUUCGUUGGCGCCAACAUUUGAAUCUCAUAUUUUUGCAGCAGUUUGAGCACAGGGUUAAUUAUUCACCUGUGGUAAAGAUUAUAGCAUCUAUUUUGAUCAGUGGGUUUUAUUAUUUCAAGGGUCACACAGGGUUGAGUUCAAUAAGAAAUGCUGUAGCUGUUGUCAUUCAAUCUAGUGCCUUCUUGAGGCCAGGAGUUUGGGGCCAGCCUGGGCAACACAGUGAGACCCCCAUCUCUACAAAAAAAUUUAGAAAUGAGCCAAGUGUGGUGGCACAUGCCUGUAGUCCUAGCUACUUGGGAGGCUGAGGCAGGAAGAUUGCUUGAGUCUAGCAGUUUGAGGUUACAGGAGCUGUGAUCAUGACAUGGCCUCCAGCCUGGGUGACCGAGUGAGACUCUUUCUAAAAAUAAAAACAAAUAAAAAAUAAAUUUCUUCUUGGGGUGGGGUGGAGGUGGGGAGCAAGAAUUUGACCUGGGCUCUGAUCCCUUGUGUGUUGUGGGCCUCUUUAACAUUUGCCACUUUGCCUUAACCUCACUGUACCUCACUUUACUUUGCAUGCGUUGGUGUUAAUAUUUUAAUCUUAGAAGACCCUGACCCACUGAGGGUUUGUUGUGAGAAUCCCUGAAGCCAUGUAGAAGCAUCUUGAAAUCUGUGAAACCACAAUAAAGUACUUUAUAAAAGGUAUCCUUAUUUGAAGUGGACAGAUCUUAUAACUCGAACUAUUUAGCCUUAUGGUUAAUUUUAAAAGUUGUGAUUUAGAAGGCAGGAUUGUUUUUGAACAUUAGGAAUUAAAGGCUAUAUCUGGUCCUUA